GGGACAAAAUGGGAAAUCUCUUAAAACAAAGACGAGCCCUAGGUAACCCAAGCUCCCCUAUAAAUAAGAAAAACGCAUUUAUCAAGAAGGAGAUCCGCAGUCAAGCAGCUCAGAAAUUUAGCUAUCUCGGCAUUACCAAGAAGGAGAUCCGCAGUCAACCAGCUCAGAAAUUUAGCUACUUAGGUAUUACCAAGAAGGAGAUCCACAGUCAACCAUUUCGGAAACUUAACUACCUCGGCUUUUCAGUUCCGAUCUCAAAUCAGCAUUAUUAUGAGAGGUAUUUUGUAACUGCGGUUGCAAUUAAUACAAAAAUCUCUAUUUUCCAUUAGAAGUUUAAUUUUUGUGUUGGAUAUCUAGCAUCAAAUGAUGGUUACCAAAUAAAUGAUGGCAUAGUGUUCCAAGGGUUGUCAGAAAUUAAAAGAGUAAAAAGCUAGGAAAGUCCUAUGGACAAGAUCAGUUUGUUGCCCGAUGAGUGUCUGUUGCAGAUACUUUCAUUGCUUACCACAAGAGAUGUCUUGAAGACAAGUUUAUUGUCGAAGCGAUGGCAGGAUCUUUGGAAGUUGGUGCCUAAACUCCAGUACAUCAAUUAUGAUGAGGAUGCUGAACUGUGGAAGUUUUUUCUAUUUGUGGAAAGGUCUUUGCUAUUAAACACGGCUCCAGUCUUAGAGAGUUUGCAUUUCAAGUUUGUUCGGAAAUGCAGGGACGUAGAUAUUGGGUUUUGGGUUAGGAUUGCAGUGAAACGAGGUUUGCGUGAGCUGGAUUUUGAUUAUAGUCUUAUGAUUGAUGAGCCUAUCAGAAGAUUGCCUCAGAGCUUGUUCACAUGUGGAACACUUGUGGUGUUGAAGUUAAAACAUGUGUCUCUUGUGGAUGUUCGAUUCCCGGUAUGUUUUCAGCUGCUCAAAACGCUGCAUCUGGAAUAUGUGAUUUUCCUAGACGAUGAAUCUCCUCGGAAGCUUUUAUCAAGCUGUCCUGUUCUUGAAGUCUUGGUCUUGGAUCGAAAGGACGACGGCGUUGAUAAUGUGGGGAGUUUCUCUGUUAUGGUGCCUUCGUUACAAAGAUUUGUCUAUUAUGGAAGAUCUGGUUCUGAGCUUGAGUUGAGUUCGACUGCUUUGAAGUACUUAAAGCUGUUAGAUCGAGGUUACCAGUGUAAGAUUAAGUAUUUGCCUGAGAUUGUGGAAGCACAUGUCGAGGUUACAUGUUCCAAAACUGAUGAUAUCCUCAGAUCUAUAGCAUCAGUCAAACGCCUCUAUUUAUGUUUACCCAUAGAGCCUGAGUUUCCUACUGGUAGUAUCUUCCACCGGCUUGAACACUUGGAGUUUUGCAAUUGUGAAAGUUUGUGGGAUAUACUUAUGUCUAUGCUCCAACAAUCCCCGAAACUUCGAUCUCUCAAGCUUAACGAGAUCCAUGGCUACUAUACUGUUUCUCGAGAUCCUAUGCUUCAUUGGGAUGAACCAAGCACUGUUCCUGAAACGCUGACGUCUGUUCUUGAAACUUUUGAGUGGAGAAACUACAGGGGAUGGAAGACAGAGAGAGAACUCGCAACUUUUAUCUUGAAACAUUCAAAACGUCUAAAGAUUGCAACUUUUUCGCUAGCAGAUUGCACAUACACGGGACCGGAGUUCCGCACCACAGUUGCGAUGAAAUACCGUAUGUUCAAGGAAUUGACGCGUUUGCCAAGAGGUUCAACAGAGUGUGAGCUUGUCUUUUGUUAAGUUAAGCUUUUGUCUUUGUUCAAGUUAAGCUUUUGUCUUUGUUCAAGUUUAGACAAACAAACACCGUAAUUGGAUGAUGUGGAUUUGUGAAAAGAUAACUCUACAUUUUAUUGAA